AUGAUUUUCGUAAUUUUCAAACAACCAGUUUUCGUAAUUUUCAAACAACAACAACAACACGGUCAGGAUGCAAUCAAGGAGAGGAGACGAGACGGAAACGAUUCAAAAUAUCAAAUAUUAAAGGGAGCGAGCCAGGAGCGAGAAAGGAGAAAGCAAGGGAGCGAGCAUGGAAAGCAAAGGAGCGAGCAUGGAAAGCAAAGGAGUGAGCAUGGAAAGCAAAGGAGCGAGCAUGAAAAGCAGAAAAGGCAGAGCCAAGAAAUAAGGCAUGAUAAGAAAAUCGUCAAGAAGACCGAGUCGAAAAAUGUGCGCGAGUUUUGUUACGCACUACCGGCACGAUUGAAGAUUGGUCUCUUUUGUUGUCCGGGACGAGCCAGCCCGGGUGAUCCAAUCCAUAUCGCAUCACCACAAUUAUCCGUUGAAAAUGCCGUUUCUGAAGUGGUAGCACAGGGCCAAGUUCCUCCGUAUCAUCGAGCUGAACAAGGGAGC